AUGUCCGUCCCCGGCGCCCCCUCGGGCCGCGGCUCCGGCGGCGGCGGCGGAUCCCGCAGCUUCGACUUCGGCGCCGACGACGUGCUCUGCUCCUACGAUGACUUCGCUGCCCCAUCCGAGCCCAAGCGCCCCGAUCCGGCCGACAAGGAUUUUCAUGACAGCAGAUUGGGGAGGCCAUUUGUGAAACCUUAUGAACAAGAAAGUUAUGGCAAGGAGGAUGUGCUUUCUGCUGUUGAGAAAUGCAUGAAAAAGUAUGCUGAUAAUUUGCUACGCUCUCUUGAGGGAAUCACUAGUCGGCUUUCACAACUGGAGAUUUAUUGCUAUAAGCUUGAGAGAUCCAUAGGUGAACUUCGAAGCGAUGUGCUUCGUGAUGAGACUGACCAUAGAUUGAAGUCUCUUGAGAAACAUUUACAUGAAAUCUUUGAGUAUUGGAUUGACAUGUUCUCUAUUUAUAAGUUAUUAACUCUACUGAGAAAAAUGAUGCAGGUACACAGGUCUAUCCAAAUUCUUAGGGACAAACAGGAGUUAACUGAAGCUCAGAAGGAAUUGGCCAAAUUUCAACUUACACAGGAUACAUCUAAAAAGGAAGAUGUACCAACACCAUCUAUUCCUGAGCAAAAGAAGCUUGAAGAAAACCCUGAUACAUCAAACCAGCGAUUGGCUCUUGUUUUGCCUCAUCAGGUCAACCUGCCAUCACUUGCACCUAGAGCUUCUGAAUCAGUCCAACAGUACAAGGAUCAACCUGUGCAACAAUCAGCCCCUACCCAUCCUGUGCCACAGCAGGACCGCUAUGUUCUUAGCCAAGCCAUCGUCUACUACCCACAGCGCCAAGCUCCAGGUAUCCAGGACACACAGGGGCAACAAUUGCAACCAGAAGUGCAAUACUUACCAGCAAGACCCCCAGCACAAGAUGUUCCAGUCCAUGCUCCAUCCCAACCACCUCAGGCCGGAAAUCAAACACAGCCACAGCCUUACCCUCCUUACCAGCAGCAGUGGCACCAGCAAUCCUCCCAGCCAACUCCUGCACCGGUGGCCCAGACACAACAGACUUUCUCACAGCCGUUUCCUCCACCCGCACAGCAGCCCCAGUUAUCCAAUGUGCAGCAGUUUCCACCGCAACCAGUACAGCAGCCCCAAUCCAAUGCUCAACAGUAUCCUCCUCCACCAGUGCAACCACAGCAAUCUAGCCCACAGCUUCCUCCUCAGGCAAUGCAACCACAACAUCCUCCUGUGCAAACUCAGAUGAGACCUCAAACCCCACCAAACUACCCUCAUUAUCCACCCCACCAGCCAUUGAAUCCCACCCCUGAAACUCUUCCUGGCAAUGUGGCUAUGCAAGGACCAUACAACACUGCUGCUCCAUCAGGUGCCAGCCGUUCUGAACCGCCAUAUUCGUAUGGAGGACCUGGCAUCCCACCAUCUCAGCCAUCGCUGCAGCACAACAUGCAAAGGCACCAGCUACCACCUUCAAGUCAGGGCUCCUUUGGGCCACCUCCAAGCAAAGGGUCCUAUGCUGGCCCUCCACAGUAUGCGGCACAGGGCAAUCCGCAAGGCUACAACACAGGUUAUGCUUACCCACCAAGCGGCCCUCCGGCAGUCCAGCCGCAGCAGAUGCCCCCAGGUGGAGUCGGCAUGAGCCAUCCGGGGUCGCAUAUGAUGCGUGGCCAUCCCUACGGAGAAAUGAUGGAGAAGGCGAUCACCAUGGGAUACCCUAGGGACCAGGUGCUGAACGUCACCCAAAGGAUGGCCGAGAGUGGCCAGCCGAUGGAUUUCAACACCCUGCUCGACAGGCUGAACGUAGCAGGGUCGGGAGCACCACCCCCACGCGCGUGGUGA